CGCUGCCGCUUUCGGGGGAGUUAGAGCAGAGCGGCGGCGUUGGAGGCGGCGGCGGCGAGGACGGCGGAGAAGGAGAGGUCUUUUUACUUACGGGAUAAUACCAGGAUACCAUAUAAGUCCUGUGAAUUGAAUAGCAGAAUCCUGAGGAUCAUAGACAAUGCAAUCUAAAAGGGUGGACAUUGAUCCUAUGACGCAUGCCCGUAAGAAACAGCUCUUGCUUCUGAAAUACUCAGCUGCUGGCCAAGCUUUGUCACCGAUUGACGGUGAGAGAAUGGAUAGGACUGAGGUGGAGGGCAGCAAGCAAGGAAAUGGUACUGAAGGGCAGAAAGUCCAGACUAGACUUGCCAGUACGACUAAAAGCAGGAAUUUGCAAGAACUCCGAAAGACAUAUCCCUUAAGGAAACGGCUCAGCUCCUCUGUGGACAAAAAAACCUGCUCCGUGCUACUUACUAGACUAGAGGAUGUAGCUGGAUCACUGUCAGAGGAGACUCCAAUGGUGGUGAAAAGAGGUCUUGCCAGUUGUAUAGAUGACUUCAGACCUUCCUGCCUUCCAGAGCAAGUUCAAGUAGCAGGAGCAGGGAAACAGGACUCUUCUAUAGGCAAAUGCCAGCUAUCAUGCCUUGGGACUGAGGAGGAAGGGCAUAAUGUCUGCCUCUCGGAGCCCAGAAAACGGAGACUAGCCUCCUUGAAUGCUGAGGCAGUGAACAACCUGCUCUUUGAACGGAAUGACAACUUGUUAUCUGGCAGGCGUUUUCGAAAAGAUUCCCCGCAGAUUAGUGGGAUUUGUUGCACUAAUAGCAUAUGUUGCAAAGCUCAGGGCUCAUGGCCCUUGACAGAAAAACGAGGCACUAAAACAGCGAAGGGAAAGAACCAAACUAAAUCAAGUCAGAAGUGUGCUCCUUAUAACCAGUCCCCGGGUGGUGACUUUGAAGGGAAAAGACGGGAGGAGAAAGGAAUUCCCUACCAUCCUGCCCCAAAGAGAUUGGCCAGUCUGAAUGCUGCAGCUUUUCUGAAACUGACUCAUGAGAAAGACCAACCAUUAAAGCCCAGAAGUAAAUCAACUGGAGAAAGCAAGAUGGAAGGACACAGUUCCAAAUCAAAACUCAAGUGGGCCAAAGCCAAUGGAAAAAAUUGUGUUAAAUCCAAAAAGGAAAUAUCCUCUGUCAAAAUAGAGGGUCAACGCAGCUGGCAAGGUGUCUCUGAGGGUGCAUUUAGACAAGCAGCUCAUCAGGACUCUCCUAGAAUCUAUGGCAAAACGGAAUCUAUCAGUUACACACCAUCACCUAACUCUUCUGAAGGCACAGAGGGUUUCUUCCACAGACUGCCUUUGCUAAUGGGUGGGCAAGCUUCCAUGAAGCCUGAAUAUGGAAGACCUGGAGAGAAAUCUCCUACCCCCAAGCAGGAAUUUCAUCAGCCUUCCUUCCCAGUACCUCAGUUCCAUCCUUUGCCUGUUCCAGGCAAUCAUCCAGAUUGUGGCUGUCUCUUUGAAUCGUCUGACUUGAAUGCAUUUUAUGUUUAUUAUGGCCAAAGUGGAUAUAAUAGUUACACUCAUUGCUCGAUGUACCCGAAGGAUGAGUUGUCGCAAGCAACAAGUUGUGAGGCACUUUUGGUAUCUCCUGGUUCCUUGCCGUCUGACCCCUCCUUUCAGCCAUUUCAUUGGUGUAGCUCUCCAUAUUGUUGUGGAGAGGGACCAGCAAUUAACAGCUUCAGCCUUUGUGGAGUUAUGCAUGUACCAGAAAGCAGAAUUGGUAGUGGGCAUACAGGGCGGAAUGGCUACCCUUAUAAGAUGCCUUUUGCAGCAGAUAGCUGCAAGUCCCUGGACCAGCUGAGCCUCACAAUCCCAGUGGCAGGACAUCCCGUUUCACCUGCCCAUCCUCUCUCAGGAUGUCCGGUACCCAGUGUGCCACCAGCUGCAGAACCUGUUCCUCACUUACAAACGCCAAACUCAGAGCCCCAGACUAUGGCCCGUGAAUGCCCACAGAGCUCCAAACCACCCAGCGGCUCUAAAUCUGGCCUCCGGAAUACCACUAGCUGCUUGCACGUAUCUGACAGCAAAACAGUCGGAAGUCACCUGCAUCCAAAGCAGCAACGCAUCAACCGGAGGAGAGCCACAAAUGGUUGGAUACCCAUUGGAGCGGCAUCUGAGAAGGCUGUCUAUGUGGUGGUAAGCAUUCUGCAAAUGACUUUUCUUGUUACCAGGAAGUAUGAGAAUAAUAUUUUGCUUAUACAACCCACACACCACCUUUGCUCAAGUAGCCUGCACUUUUUUUCCUAUUUUGUUCUUCAAUCUGGGGAAUCUGAGAUAGGGGAAUUGAUGAUGAGCCUCCUGUGGUAUUAUAGACCAGAGCACACUCAGGGAGGCCGUAAUUCUAGCAUGCAUCAGAAUGAGAUCUUUGCAUCCCGACACCAGGACGAGAACAGUGUGGCCUGCAUAGAGGAGAAGUGCUAUGUUCUGACCUUUGCAGAGUACUGCAGAUUUUGUGCCUUGGCAAAGCGUCGCGUGGAAGGGAUUCCAGGCAAGAAAACGGUGAUGGUUCCUCCUUCUGAAGAGUAUUCCACCCCUGCCCAUCGCAAGGUGCCAGAGGACACUGAUCCGGAGUUGGUUUUUCUCUGCCGUCACGUCUAUGAUUUCAGGCAUGGACGCAUCUUGAAGAAUCCACAGUAAGACCACUGUGGCGCUAAGUGAGCAACGAUAGCAGGCCAUUAGGCAGGCUAAGCUCUUUGUCCGUGUAGGGGCCUCCUUCGGCGGAGUGCUGCCCACAGGCACUACAUAACAACCCCGAAGCACUCAGUCCUCUACAUCUGGGAGCAGACUUCCUGUUAAGGCAGAUCUUCAAAGCACAGCACUUCAUAUAAAAAGCAUAAGUGGAAAUAUAUAUCUAUAAAGAAAUGUGUGUCUGUAUAUAGAUAUAGGUGCUUGCUUCUGUAAAUCUAUAUCUAUAUAUCUGUACAAUGAGCUUCAUAUACUGGAGGGAGGGGGGAAGGGAGGAUAAAAGUGGAUAAAAGCCAGUAAACUGACUCUAGAGCCAAUCUUGUUGGGGAUGAGUAGAACAUACUGAAGGAAAACUUCAGUGGAGAAGUGAAUCAAACUAUAAGAAGGUUCCUGGUGUCAUGUCCGUCUAAAAAGAAGAAGGACAUACAUUCUUCUGUUUAGUAUAAUACUAAAAAUGGAGAUGAGACCUUGUUUUGGGAGCCAUCAAUAUACUGAAAAUCCUUCACAUAUUCUGCAUACAUACUACUUGAGAAGGACUACACUCAAGUAUUGUGCAUUGCAAUUUGUCAAAUCGUUGCUUUAAAGCAGAAAGUGGGAAAGAUGUAAUAGAUCACCUCACACCAUUAUGAAAAGCUGCAUAUCCUUCUAAGAUUGAAGCUCUAAGCCAAUUGCUUAGCAUUAACUUACAUUGACAUCUAUAGGACCUAUUUCCGAAUAAAUGCCAUAAAAAUCAGGAUAUCGGGAAACAGGCCCAGCCUUAAAGAUCAUGCUUAUUGGGCACAGCAAUGGUGGGGGUGAGAAGGUGGCACUUGAAAAGUUCUCAAGAGUUUGAGACAUAAAUAACAGCUGCUACAAUACUGAUCUCUUCUCUCCACAAACUUAGAGAGGCCUGCCUAUUUUGGGCAGAGGUAAUUUAUACAUAUUUUUUUUCCUUUCCACAUCCCAUUUUCUUUACUCUCAUGUACAGUCCUCAUAGAACCUGGAUUUGCACACUCAUCUAACUUGGGAGGGCUAGAAGCCAGAGUUAAGAAACGCUAGCAUAGUGCGUAGUGCUUGAGUGUCAGUCUUUGAAACAGGCAUUGUAACCCAACUGAGUCUGUUUUUGCCUGUCUACCUCUCUUCUCUCCCAUCCAUCCCCCGAAUAUCUUAACACUGACAUAUGAACAUGCCCGUGAUGGUAAGACUCUGGCUUCCAAAAGGGACUGGCCAAUGAGAGGUUUGCGUUUUGAGAAACUGCUUCUUGAUUCUCACAAGAUAUUUCUGCCUCUUGCCUUACAUGUAUAGCUCUUAGAAUACUUUAGUUUAGCUUUAACACAAAGCUGUUUCAGUUAAUUCUAAAGCAAACCAAAGGACAGCAUAAGAAGAGUCCACCCAAUCAGUCAACACCCAGCUGGGAUUCCAUUUGUAGAUUGCACUAAUUUGAAAGGAGAAUCAACACUGUAUUAGUCCGUGUACCUGCUGACAGCCAGAGUUGCUCACCUGAACUAGGGACCUAUGUAGUUGCUUCCCCCCCACACACACCUUUUGUAAGGGGUGAGGGAGAUUUAAUUAGUGUUCAGUUAUUAUCAAAGCGUUCUACGGCUUUAAUAUUGUUAUCUUUUCAAGUAGAGUUAGCACUAUAUCUUCUGACCCUCAGGCUAGAAGCAAGAGUUUGGCCACCAGUGCUCUAUAUCUGUUCUGGAGAAAGUAGCCCUACCAUAUUCAGCUUUUUGUGCGUUGACACAAAUGGUACCUGCAGACUUGCUCUACAUACCAAAGAAGGGAAAUGAUGGGGGGAAAACUGUGAAAAAAAAGUCUAACCAAUGGUGGAUAGCAGAGAUCAGGUGAUGAUUGCAUUCCAUCCGGAAUGGGUAUAUUCCUGCUUGGAGGAGGAAUCUUCCACCCUAAGGCUGAGCAUGAAUUUUCCAAGCUUGCUAGUGUCCGAGUAGUGGCUUCCUUUGAUCAAAACCACUGCUUGGGCACAUAGAAGGGUUCUUUGCUAACUAGGGCUACAAAGCAUAUCUUGUGGCAGCACAGGUAUGCAACUGAAGAUUCCGUACAACUUUUCUUCAUGCAGGGGAAAGCAACCCCUGAGGGGGAACUGUUUAGAUAGAAGGGGUAAGCAUUGGGGGUUGGGGCAGUAUUAUAUGCUCUGCAGCCAUGGCCUGUUCUUCCAUUUGCCAAGUCAAGGAGGGAAAGAUAGAGAUGAAGGGACAGUUCUUCAAUGAUCUGGGUUGGAGUGUAUAUGAAGAGUUGGCUAGUCUGAUCUAUGCGGAAUCAGAUUCGGAUUCUUUUCUUUCUUUCUUAACUAGAAAUGGGAGAGAAACUAGUGCCAGAGAGCCUCUUCCCGAAAAGAUAUUUUAGAAUUCAUGGUGUGGUGGCUGGAAUCCUCAGCAUGGUGACUUGAGACCCAGAUUUAGGGCAGUCUUCCUGCCCUCAUGGAAAGAAGAUGAAAUUUAGCUUCAGAAACAGAGCAAGUUCGUAAAGUCUUGAUUUCUGUUGCUACUUCCUCCCUCCCUCCUUUCUCUGGCUUCUCCAGGCAGGAAAGCAACAGUAGUCUAAAAACAAAUAAAAUGAAAUAAAAAUAAGUUACCUACCCAAUUCUGAAAUAGGGUUGGAGCCCCUUUUCUGGAGAACAGAAACCCAAAACCUUCCCUGCUUCUGAUAAUUGUCAGAAUCUACUUCAGGCCAAGAAUAUUGUUUUAAAGAUUUGUGUAGUUGUUUUAUGCUGUUUGCAGACAGCAUGUAAAUGAUUUGAAAUGUCUUAUCUUCAAUGAAAAUAUUUCAUGCUUUUUUAAUCUAUUAGAUAUGGAAAUAUUUUUGAAACUGAAAAUGCAGUCAGUAGAAUUUAAAUUGAAAUGUAAUACAUGUAAAAUAUAUUUUAGUUGAUAAUUUUGUAAAAUGCACUUUUUGUGUCUCUUCCCUUGUUUCCCAGAUCUGUAUUUCAGUGUUUACAGAUGGAAUGAGAACAUUCCCUAUACUCUCCUUCUGUGAAAAAGAUAUAUUAGAAGUAAUUCUUAAAAAUAAAUUUGAGAAAUUGUAUUGACUUAGAAAACAAAA